AUGGAUGAUAUUGUAACGCUUCUAGGGCUGUCGCUAGCGAUGUUGGUGGGAUGUUAUCUGGCUGGGAUAAUUCCGCUGACUGUGACUCUUUCUGAGGAAAAACUGAAGCUAGUGACCGUGUUGGGGGCAGGGCUGUUGGUUGGGACAGCGCUGGCGGUCAUAGUCCCUGAAGGUGUUCAUGCAAUGUACCAUGUAGCACCUCAUGAUGACCAUGAUGCUUCAGCAGUCUCCGUUGCCAAAGAAGUAGCGAAUGCAAAUGUUGAAAUCCCACAUGCAGAAGCGCAUCAUGAGCAUGGAGGCGAAUCUCAUGCCUUGAUAGAGAAGCAUUCUGUGAUCGGCAUCAGUUUGGUGACAGGGUUCAUUUUCAUGUUGUUGGUGGAUCAGAUUGGAGGCAGCAUGCAUGCACAUGCAGUGCCAACGGACACUGAAGCUGCAGGACAUGGUCAGAACAGGAAUAAGAUAACUGCAACAUUAGGACUUGUUGUGCAUGCUGCUGCUGAUGGGGUUGCCCUGGGAGCGGCCAUUACCUUGUCAGAGACUCACAUUACUAUGAUUGUAUUUGUGGCCAUCAUGUUGCAUAAGGCACCGGCGGCUUUUGGUUUGGUAUCAUUUUUACUGCAUGAAGGAUUAGACCGAACAAGGAUACGAAAACAUUUGGCAGUGUUUUCUGCCGCAGCACCUUUGUUGACCGUGAUAACAUACUUGGCCCUUAGCCAGCAAAGUAAAGAAACUUUAUCGGAUAUUCAGACUACAGGAAUAGCCAUGUUGUUCAGUGCGGGUACCUUUUUAUAUGUCGCCACAGUCCACGUACUUCCAGAAAUCUCCAUCACUCACAUACAACAUAAGGCUGCAGACGGGACAGUUAUUGUUAGGGAGCAGAAAGGAUUCAAAAAUGUCGAACUGUUGACGUUGGUUAUUGGGGCUCUGCUGCCGCUGAUUAUAGCUGUUGGACAUAAGCAUUGA